GUGGUUUCUUGAAAGCAUCCAAACCAUUGGGAUCCAAACCAUUCCUCUAACGAACCCCACUCAUGGAUCACCCACUACGACACACGUUUACCUGAAAGGUGAAAGCCACGACCGCCCACAAGCACCACACUCCACCAGCAGAGGAACAGAACUCUGGUUCUCGACUCUACAGCCGGCGUGAUGACAUCUGUGGCAGGUGAUGCGAUGAGGAGGAAGACGGCGUGCGUCACCGGAGGGGACGGGUACAUCGCCUCGGCCCUCGUGAAGAUGCUGCUGCAGAAGGGAUACACCGUGAAGACGACUGUCAGAAAGUCUGAUGACAUGGAGAAUCACCCCCAUCUCAAGGACUUGCGAGCGCUCGGUCCCUUGGAGGUCUUCCGCGCCGACCUGGAGGACGAGGGCAGCUUCGACGAGGCCGUGGCCGGCUCCGACUAUGCCUUCCUCGUCGCGGCUCCGACGAACCUCAACAACGCAGAGAAUCCUGAGAAAGAAGUGAUCGAGCUGGCCGUCAUGGGAACCCUUAACGUAAUGAGAUCGUGCGUGAGGGCGGGGACGGUGAAGCGCGUGAUCCUGACAUCGUCAGUGGGGGCUGUCGCCGGCCGGCCUCUGCUACCAGGAGACAGCCAUGGCCUGGACGAGGAGUCCUGGACCGACGUCGAGUACCUCAGACUGACCAAUGCCGGCGGCUGGGCCUACAAUGUCUCCAAGGUUCUUAUGGAAAAGGCGGCGUGGAGUUUCGCGCGGGAGAACGGCAUCAGCCUUGUUACGGUGUGCCCUUCCGUCACGGUUGGCGAGGCGCCGGCGACGACUGUCCAUACCUCCGUUCCCUGUGCCCUUUCUUUGCUAACUGGUGACGACGAGAAGAUCCGCAACCUGGAACUCAUCGAGAGGGCGUCUGGCUGCAUCCCGAUGGUCCAUGUCCAAGACGUCUGCCGCGCGAUGAUCUUCGUAGCCGAGGAGGAGGCUGCUCAAGGAAGAUAUAUCUGCAGCUGCCUCGACACCACCCUCGCGGAGCUGGCCACCUUACUGGCCACCAAGUUCCCGCAGUACAACGUCAAGGCCGACGGGUUCGGUGGUCGCCCCGACAAGCUGAGAGUCUGCAUUUCGUCGGCGAAGCUCGUUGGGGAAGGGUUCGAGUUCAAGUACAAGCUGUUGGACGAGAUAUACGAUGACGUCGUCAAAUACGGAAGGUCCUUGGGAAUCCUUCCGUACUAGCAGUCUAGCAUGUAUGUGAGCCUCUAUGUAUGUUGGUUGGUUGGAUCUCGGAACCAAGCUGAAGUUCAAAUUUGCUUAUAGGAGCACUAGCGGACAGUACCGCCCCUGUGUUUCUACAGGUCUAUUUUAAUCCAUGCAUAUUCUUUUCU